UAACAGGUUAUAGGUUUAGAAGACUGUAAACUACCAAGUGUCGGUUCGCUUGGAUUCCUGACAAAACAAUAAAGUGUGCGCUCAGUACCACUUCCCGGAUCCGCGGCCAUUCGUUACACCCGUUGUCACCCCGUAAAAUCGGUUUCAUGUUCAAGAACCUUUGUCUGGUGAAAGUGAACAACAGAAGCAGCAAUUGCCGUCCGCCAUAGUGAAGCCCCCACCCCCGGAAGCCGCAUGUCGACCAACGUUAAUGACCACAGACGGGUCGGAUUCAACGUACGAUGUGGCUGCGGCUGCCUUCAAGUUACCAGUUGUUGUGUCACCGCAAACCAGUGCGCAGCAUAGCGAUAACAGCAGCAGUAGCAGCUCGGCCAAACAGCGGCAGCAGAUUGAACAUUCUACGAUCGAUAGUGAGGCGAGUGAAUCGCAGGAAGAAACCAAGGAAGCCAGUGAAAGUGAAAACGCAACUAGUAAACAGUCCGAUAACGAAUCGGUCAGUGCGACGGUGAGAGAUAAGACCGAUGCGUUAUCAACAAAGCUCGCGAACGGUGUUGUAGGUGGUAUCGACCAUACAAGUGGUUCUAUGAUUUACUCAACAAUAAGAUCAAGCGAGGAGCAUGUAAAUACUCCCUCGGUGAUAACGUCUAGUUCUAAGCAGUUACAAGAAAGUGCGCAGAAAUACGAAUCAUAUGCUAAUGCUAAUCAACAGCUGGGUUCUCCACCGCGAUACUCAACGCUGCAUCCGUUGAUUAGUCCGAGCUUACAUCAACAGGUGGGUUAUUUUAACUACGCAGGUCCAGAGCCGUCAUUUAACAGUUGGCCGUAUGAUCUGUCGUACAAGGCAAGUGAUAUUGGACGACAUCACCACUCGCAGCAUUCAGAGAGUGACGAGCGCCACUUAAACCAUCAUCACCAACACCAGCAAAGAGAGUUAUACUGUAACAGUGCUAAUAAUCAUCAUUCGCAAGAUUCGCAUGCCCACCAGCAUCCAGAGCAGUCAAAUUUAAAUUUGAAUAUCAAUCCAAUUAGUAGCGAAUCGUCAGCCAUGCGGAGUAGUCUGUUGCCGUUUUGCCCGACAUACGGCUCAUCAAUAGCGCAACAUGGUGGCGAAGAUUUGCACCACCACCAAACAAGCCAUGCUCAUCAGCAUGGCUCUGCAAUCGACGAAGUGAUUGCGGACACCUUGAAAGAUGAAAGCUGCAUCGUGGAGCAUUACCUGACGCUCAGUGGUGCCGGUGUUGACAUGGGACAUCCUGGUUCGGUGGGAGCCGAUAUGGCAGACGACUCGCCGCAACAUCAGCAUCACGAGUUGCACGAUUUGAAAGACUACAGUGCCGCGGUUUAUCAUAACAACAAUGAUAAGAGUGUGAUCAAUUUCAAUCAUCAUCACCAUGCUCACCACCAGCAACAUCAGCAGCACUCACACAACAAUGGCAAUAGCAGUGGCGGAGAAUCGCGCAGUCCUUCGGGCUAUUCGCACGAAGAACUGGACAGCAGUCUAACGAAUUUCACUCAGUUGAUCAACGUCCCUCGCGCGAGUGAUACCACCACGUCAGCGGCGGUGGCAGCGGCAACGGCGGCUGCAGCAGUGUCAGCGAGUAUGUACCAAUCGUCACCGGUGCACGACCAUUCGGCGGCUGCUGCCCUGAUGCAGCAUGGAACCAGCAUCUACGAUACGCUGCACGGAGCAGGCAUGCCCAGUAGUCCAUCGUACAGUCGCGGUUUCCCGACGACGGCAUCUAUGCAAUACUUCGGAGGCAGUCCUACGCACGAGUCGGUACACAUGUGGUCUCCUGGGGUGGGAUUGAGCGAGAACGAAUACAUCAAGGGAAGUCUGCCGGGAUUCCAGCGAAUUGCUCCCAGCACCAAUGCUGCCCGAGCAAACCAUUACAGUUCGAUCUCGAGCGGGUAUGGACAGCAUUCAGACGCGUGGCCAUCCCACUACGAAGCCAGUGCAAUCGCUUAUAGUACUGCUUCCAGUAACAGUACUUCAGGAAAUGGUCGGCGGCCUUCUACAAGUAUGCCAGCGACGACACCGUUCUCGGCAGCCGCUUCCCUGACUGCAAUGGGCAUAGAUGCGGACUUGUUUACUGAGGGACGAGAAUGUGUCAAUUGCGGAGCGAUUCAGACUCCGCUCUGGCGUCGGGACGGAACUGGACACUAUUUGUGCAAUGCGUGCGGCCUCUAUCACAAGAUGAACGGAAUGAAUCGGCCGCUAGUAAAGCAGCCCAGACGCCUGGUAAAAGAACCUAGUUCAGCGCGGCGCGUCGGACUGCAAUGCUCCAACUGUAACACGAUGAACACUUCGCUCUGGAGACGCAACCAAGUUGGGGAGCCGGUGUGCAAUGCCUGCGGUUUGUACUACAAAUUGCACAACAUCAAUCGACCGUUGGCUAUGAAGAAGGACAACAUUCAAUCACGCAAACGCAAACCGAAGGGCAGCAAAAAUGCCGAUGGAACGUCCAACUCGAAGAGCAGCAAUAGUAGUAGCACCAAUAACAACAACAACAACAACCACAGCAGCAGCAAUAACAAUGGCAGCAGCAGCAGUAGCAGUAGUAGUAGCAAUAACCCUAGCAGCAACAAUAAUCACAACUCAACCAGCUCACUGAAUUCGUCCGUUCUAGGAAACUCCCUACAUGAACUAAAAUCCCUGAAGUCAUCUGUAGGCCACUCAAGCAUAAUCCAAUCCACGUCGACCCCGUCAAGCGUCGGAAGCAACAUGUCUCCGUCUCACCAAUCGACUUCUCCAUCGCAUCACAACCAACUGUCGCCUAUAUCGUACCAGCAGGUACCCUCGCCGAUUACUAGCACCCCCACGAGCACCAUCGUCAACAAUAACAACACCAGCAGCAUGAACAAUAAUAAUGGUCUCGGGAAGUACGGUCACCAGAAGGGCAUUUUCAUGAUGCCUUCUUUGGGAGCAUCGCUGGCCAAUGCCAACGUGCUGGCCAGCCAUCAGGUUGCAGCAUCACUCAGUCCGAUGGGUUAUCAUCUGAACAACAAUAACCCCUCGAACGGAUCAAUGAUGAGUCCCAAGUAUCACCAUAGUCCGUCGGAGUCUCCAAACAGCAUGUACUACGAUAUGAUGGCGUCGGAGGUGAAUGGCGUCGAUCAGCACGGGCUGGGGUCCAUCGUGAAGAUGGAACCGGUGCCGGUGGGCUACUCAUCCUACCACCAGGCCAUUCACCAGCAGGUAGUACAACAACACCAUCAAAAUCAACUGCAACAGCAUCAGCAGCACAUUCAGCAGUUGCACGCUCACAGCAGAAGUCCCUCAAUCUCUGAUGAGAACGAUCAGAGCCAUCAAUCGUCCGAGGGCCUCGAUUGUAAACACAACAUCACCCGCCCAACAGUGGUAUCCAUGUCCAGCUAAAAAAGUCACAAAAAUGUAAAGAAAAGAAAAAAAUGUUUUAGAAUCUCAAGAUUAUAAGCCAGAUGUAGGAAUAAUUGAAAAGACUUGAACGGCAAGAGUGAAAAAUCUCGAGUACGUGUAAUAUUUCAUCAUGACUCAUGAGAGUAAUUCCCCGAGCAACGGGUAGAGAGUUCUCCAUCAAAUUAGGGCUUAUCUCGCACCCCCAAAAAAGGCUCUUGGUUUUAGACACAUUGAAACAAGAGAUAAGGACUGCAAUUAAGAAACUGAAUCAAUCGUAGGCUAGUAGCAAAGCGACUCUUUCCUCGUUGGAAGAAGCUAUCACUUAAUGUUAGAAGAAAUGUUGAUAAUGCGUUUUAAACUUUAGCAUGUGAACGAGUGUGUCAUCUAAUCAACUGCUUUAGGGUUAUAUGAACUGAAGUGUUUGUAAAUUUUUGUUAAUUUUUAAGUUCUAUGUAAGUGUUGUAAAUAAUUUUUGUAGGUACAUAUUUUGAAACCGAACAAUCGGGCGUAUGAGAAUGAAUCCUAAGAUUAAGGCUAGUUGUUGCAAUAGAAUUAAGAAAAACCCAGCUCUCUUACUCACGACAAUACUUCGUAAACUUUCCAUGGCCUAGAAGGUGAUUUCUAAUUUGUUAUACUGUACAUCUUUCAACGGUUGAAAUCGCUAUAUAAAAGAAAAAAAUCGACAAGGUACCAAAUUUUAUAUUAUAUAUGUUAUUUGUUAAACUUUAGAGCUAAGUAUAGUCUAAUAAAGCACUCUGAUUUUAGCCUCA